AUGGCCGUUGGACCGACGGAGGGCAAACAACAGCCGCCCUCAGAGACAUUCUCGCCCACACACCAUCAGAUUAUAGCACCCAGUCCAAUAUUGGCGGUACCGACACUCGCCUUCUCCGCCGCCCAAGUCGAAAUCGUAUGCAAGACCCUUGAAGACUCGGGUGACAUCGAGAGACUGGCCCGCUUCCUAUGGAGUCUGCCAGUUGCAUUGCCCAACAUGCACGAGAUCCUCAACUGUGAGGCAGUGCUUCGUGCCCGGGCUGUUGUCGCCUAUCACGUCGGAAACUUCAGGGAACUCUAUGCAAUAAUAGAAAAUCAUAAAUUUACUAAAGCAUCCUAUGGCAAACUGCAGGCAAUGUGGCUCGAGGCACAUUAUAUUGAGGCCGAGAAGCUGCGUGGUCGAUCGCUGGGCCCUGUUGAUAAAUAUCGGGUACGCAAAAAGUUUCCAUUGCCGCCCACAAUCUGGGAUGGGGAACAGAAGACGCACUGUUUCAAGGAGCGGACGAGAAGUUUGCUGCGCGAAUGGUACCUACAGGAUCCCUAUCCGAAUCCAACCAAGAAACGUGAGCUGGCCAAGGCCACCGGCCUGAAUCCAACGCAAGUUGGCAAUUGGUUUAAGAAUCGACGUCAACGGGAUCGUGCCGCUGCUGCCAAGAAUCGCAUCCAGCACAACCAGAACAAUUCGGGCAUGGGAUGUCGCAGCCGACGGGCAGACGGCGUGGCAUCGCCGACUCCGUCGGAUAGCUCCGAUUCGGAUAUAUCACUGGGCACACACUCGCCGGUGCCGAGCAGCUUGCAACUGCAGCACAGUCCGGGCAGCAUGUCCAACGGCGCCAACGAGGAGAGUCUCAGCGUGGACGAUGACAAGCCGAGGGAUCUGAGCAGUGCAUUGCCAUCGCCAACACCACCGCAAUUGCCGUCGGCCUAUGGUGGUGUUGGUGGCGUUGGUGGUGCUGGAGGUGGUGCGUCUGGUGGCUUGCCCAAUUGCUUGCCACCAUUCAAAUUGGAUGCGGCAAGCAGUUUGUUCAACGCCGGAUGCUACCUGCAAAGCUUUAGCAACCUGAAGGAGAUGUCCCAACAGUUUCCCAUACAGCCGAUGGUCAUCAGGCCGCAUCCGCAGUUGCCACAGCCGUUGGCAUUGAAUGGCAGCGCUGCACCACCACCACCACAUCUUCAUCAUCCCGGCUAUGCGGCUGCGUACAGUGUGGAAUGCGGUGUUGUGGCGCCACCGCCGCCGCCAAAGUUGCGCAUCAAUUCUCCCGAAAAGCUCAACUCAACCGCUGUGGCAGCCGCAGUGGCGGCAGUGGCUGCCAAUAACGGUAGCAACAUCACCAACACCAACACAACCACCACCACAACGGGCUAUCAUCACAGUGGACAGCUGUUGCACCGACCCUUCUCCACAUCGCCCGAGCUGAAGCACAAUGCUCCAGAGAUCACAUGAUAUCAGCGGGUCUGAGGCGGCCUUGCCCCAAGGGUUUCUCUGCACAGUUGCCCCUCAUCCCCACCCUAGCCUAUAUCCCUAUAUCCUGCACCACAUUAAGGCCCAGCUAUACAAAUUGUUUCAAUUCCUAGCUUAAGUUAUUCUCUAGUUAAGUAUCCAGCAGUUGGGGAAGCAAUAAGUAACAUCCAUCUAAAUCUCCAACUCCAACUCCAUCUCCAGCAACAUCAUCAAGAUCUUUCCUAAAUAACAGUUAAGUCACAUUUAAAAGAUCCUGUGGAGAUAUAUAUUGAAAUAUUGAUAACAUUGUCGCACACUUUUCAAAGAUAGUUAUUUAAGAUAUUCAAGAGCGCAUAUGAGAAUCGAAUUGGGGAACUGAAAUUCAAAAUGAAAUUGAAAUUAAUAUUGACACUGAAAUUGUCACUGAAUUGAAAAUUGAA